AUGGCAGUAAGAUCUCAUCUCCAACUAACUUCAAGUAAGAGCAAAAGAUCGAUCGAUCCAUUUUUAAUUUACACUGAGGAGAUCACAGAAAUGGUGGGGACUGUAAAAACAGAAAAUGGCAGCUAUAUAGAACUGAAGGUUCAGAUGCAAAACCAGCGUGAUCACUACUUCACAAUCAGGAGAAAUGAAGCAUUGCAGACUGUCUUGGUUGGGUACUGCAAACUGGAAGACAAAGAAUUCGAGGCCACUCGUUUCUUCUUCGACGGCAAACGAGUCCAGGCUUGUGAUACCCCAGAUGAACUAGGAAUGGAAGAAGAGGAUGUCAUUGAUGCCUUCCAAGAAAUGUUUGGUGGUACCCGAAUACUCAUUUCUCACUGGAAACCGGCCUAGGGUUUCUGGUGGUGGCCGGGUUGGAAACCGCCUAUACUAGGGUUUCUAGUAGGCCGGACACCAGAGAGCGAGGUCAUUCCCCACCGAAAACCCUAGGUCCGGUGGUUGAAAAUUUAGGGUUUUCGGUGAGGGAGGGGUAGUUAAAAAAAUUUGAUCGAUUAGGGUCAUAAGACUGGCUUAUUGUAACAUUCUGCUUAGAAUAAGAAAAAUCUAGCAUUACUGUACCUAAUUAUGGAGUGCUG